AUGAGUUGUCUAUCAAUUGUAAUUGACUGUGAUGCUCGUCAUUGGGGUGAACUGGCUGAGAAGGAAAAUAAUGAGAACAUAAUUUCUACACUAAUUCAUUCUAUUGCAUCAUGUACCACAGCACAUAUGUCAAUUUCUGCAGCGAAUCGUAUAGUCGUCAUUGGUGUUGAUGAAGCACUUUUGGAACCAACCAUCUACGUUUCAAAUGCAUCAGCAGAUAUAGAUAUGAGUUUAUCAGUAAAAACAGCAUUACGAAAUGCGCUUAAAAAAUCGGCUUCCGCAACAAAUGCAACGGAAUUGGCCGUUUUCGCACCUUCCAUGGCUGCUGCCAUUUGUCAUAUAUUUCGCUACAAGAAUGAAGUCGACAACGGAGAUGGACGCAUUCUUAUUAUCAACAUUGGUAGUGAUCUCCUUGGGGAGCAUAACAUUUUAAUGAAUAUCUUUUUCGCUGCUCAUAAGCACAAUAUUCUCAUUGAUGUGGCCAAUAUUGGUGAAACAUCGCCAAUUUUGCAACAGGCAAGCGAUAUUACUGGUGGCACUUACUUCACUCUUAAAAAACCGAAACAGUUGCUGGAAUAUGCAAUGUGUUUUACGCUUGGAAGAGCAUCGCUGCGUUCAGCGUUUAUAUCGCCUUCAUCAUCAACUUCAAUAGAUUAUCGUGCUAGUUGCCAUUGCCACGGUGCUCCAGUUAGUAUUGGAUGGGUGUGCUCCGUGUGUCUUUCGGUUCAGUGUCACUUUAGUCCAAUAUGUCCUGCAUGCAAUACCGUCUUCAAAAUUUCAACUUUGGCAAGGCGAGGACGGAAGAAGCGUCGAGAGGGAAACUGA